AUGCCUCGACCAAAGAAAAACAACAGCACUCAAGAACAAUCAGGCUUUAACAAUAAUGAAAAAUAUGCAAAUAAUAAUGAUCAACAAUUACCUAGAUCAACAUCAUUACCAUUAAUUAAUCAACUUAAUAAUUCACAAAAUCAGCAGCGUUAUUGGUAUGAUAAAUUAGUUGAUGCAAUUCCCUCUUUAUCUACAAAUAACAAUUUAUUAUCAUCAUCAAAUGGUAAUCUUGAUGCCUCGAUUGAUUCUUUAUCACCAAGGAGAGGUCGAUCUACAACACCAAAACCAACAAGUAGAGAUUCAUCAUCAGAUCCAGAAAAUAAAAGAUUAGCUUCAAGAUCUACAAGUAGGAAAAGAAAAGGUAGCCAUCAUCGCAGUAGUGCUGAGAAUGAUGACAAUGAAGGCUUUGAAGAUAAUAGAUUUAAGCAUUAUAAUGUUAAAGAUGGAAUUGAUGAUAAUAAUGAAUAA